AUGUGUCGCACUCGUUACAUUUACGAGUGUGGGCACGGACGGGAAGAGAAGAACGAUUCUUGUGGACUUGACACCAUAUGGCGCAAGACCCUUCUUUCACAAAAGCGCCACAAGAUCACAAAGGUCCGAAAGGACCGCCUUUGCCGGGCCUGUCGGUCCAACACGGAUGAUAAAACAGCAAAUAAGGCUAGCAAGACGGCAAAGAAACAUCGCGAAGACCAUCACAAGCGGCGUGACACCGGAGAAGAAAGGAACCGGGAGGGUAAGAAGAAGAACCCCAAUAUUCGCCCCCCCGUCGAGGAGCGCCAUCGGACGCCUCCCGUCACACCCGUGCCUGUUGACGAUGGCUAUCGCAGCAGGCACAUUUCAGGCCAGUCUGGACGCUCGCAAAAGUCUCGUCGCCGCAUGAAAGAGGAUGCCUCGGAGCGACAGUAUGAACAUACCCACGACGAAGACCCGUGGGACAUCCCUCGUCCCUCAGCCCCUGGCCCCUACACCGAGCGCGUGGAGGAGUGGGUGUACAGCACUGAGGUCCCCUCUACUGUUGGCUUCGUCGGUUCUACCGCAGCCAACGUUCUGGAUGAAUCGACUGGCAAGAUAUAUGGCGAGGAAAAGGAGCAGGAGCCCUUUCUCCCGGGCCGCGCAUACUGGCCCAAACCUCAACGACAAUCCAGCCCUCUGUGUCCCACUGAGGGGCCCGUCAACGUUUGUCCCCGCCCUGCAAGCUCUGUCUACUCUGCGCACCCCGGCUUCCGAAGGAGUGCCGAAGACAGUCUCAUCAAUGACCCAGGCAGAUACGACGAUGGCCAAAGUGCCAUGGGCACGAUCUGGGAGACAGAGUAUGGCGUUGACACCGAUGGCGAGGCACCUCCCAUGCCCUCCAUGCCACCUGAGCUUGUUGACCCUUGCGACUCGAGCAACCCGAGCCAGAAUGAUCCUUUCUACUUUGACUUGAAAUCACUCGUGGGAUCGGAGACUGCUGAUCGCGUCCUAGACGACGAGAUGGAGGAUGAUCAAUGGCCCACGGCCGACAACCCAUGGCCUGAGCCGCUUGUCAUUCCUGCUGACCGCCGUUCCAUGACCACCAGCACCGAGAUCGGAUACUUGCGCGACCUCCGCAUCGAGCACAACCGCAAGAUGAAGAACUACAUUCCGCCAGAGGAACGCGCCCGCAUGGAGCGCGAGAACUCUCGCAAAAUGGAGCAGAUCAAGGAGGAGUGGCGUGCAAACGCAAGGCGGGUUUCGAACGAGACAGAGAUCACAGCCCCAACCGAUGGUAAAUCAUCAUCUCGCUCCAUGACAGACGGAACUGCGCCGACCUCAUAUAACACAACGCCUGUGAAGAGGAAUAGAGCUACAGCCACGCAGGCAAACCCAAACUACCCUCGUAAGUUCAACUUGGCAGGCGCUCUGAAUGACCCUCACUACCACGGGCGCAUGAAUCCUGGUAUUAACCCCACGCCUUCGAGCUGUGGCUCCCAGGUCUACUUGCAUCCCCGAAGCCCGCCCGCCGUCCCUCAAGCACCCAUUCCAGAGGCGCAGAAGCAGAAGCAGGAAUGCAGAACGACAGUGGAGACAACUUGGUCGCAGAUUCUCCCGCGCGAUCCCAAGUAUGAUCUUGGGGCAGCGCGAGGGCCGCUCCCCAUGGUGCGUCCGAAGGAUAUUCGACGAUAUGAGCGCGAGGAGACGGCGAAGAAGAAGGCCGUGAAGGCCGAGGCCAAGAAGAAGGGCAAAAAUGACAAGAAGCCCGCCGUCUUUGGCCAGGGCUUCCUCACUGCUCUCGGCAUGAGCCGCCAUGAGCCCUCCCUCGAGUCCUUUGCUUGCGCAGAAGCCACUCGACAUGACUCACUGCACAGCCAGAGCACCCAGCGCUCUCACAAGUCUGGCCGGUCCAGCAAGAAAUCGCACAAGUCCUCUCACGGCAACAAGAGGCGCUGA